GUUUGGCCCAGGAGGCCUGGGAGAUGGUUAGCAGCAUCAGUCUGCAGCUCCCUUCCUACCCUGCAUGCCCUGAGACAGGCCUGUUGGAAGUUUGGGGAGGUCAUGAAUGGGAGAGAAAGAGAAUACAACUCUGCAGGGCUCUGUAACAUAGACUAAUGAGAAGACAAUAACAAAAAAGAAUUCAUAUCCAGCAACAGUAAUCAAGAAGUGCUUCCUUGGGGAAAGUGUAUUUUGAGCAGGGUUGUGAAGGGAAUUAUUGGUGGAAAAGGGGGAGAUGAUACAACUAGUGAAUGAGGUGGUAUGUGCAAGCAGUGUGUUUGGCUAAAGCAGAAGAUGUGUUUACUGGGAUAAAGAGAAAUGAAAUUGAGGAACGGGGAGUGACCUGCAGAUUUAGGGACCUAUUAGUUUGGUCUGAGGAUUUGAUAACCCAUCCUUUGGGACAUGACUAGUGUUUGAUUGUUUCCAAGUGGACACAUGACCUAUGUGUGGAGGAGGAUCAGAAAGUGAAGUAUGGGCCGGGCGCAGUGGCUCAUGCCUUUAAUCCCAGAGGCCAAGGCUGGUGGAUCACUUGAGGUCAGGAGUUUGAGACUAGCCUGGGCAAAAUGGCAAAAUCCUGUCUCCACUAAAAAUACAAAAAUUAGCCGGCCGUGGUGGCAGGCGCCUGUAAUCCCAGCUAUUGGGGAGACUAGGGCAGGAGAAUCGCUUGAACCCAGGAGGUGGAGGUUGCAGGUUGCAGUGGACUGAGAUCACGCCACUUGCACUCCAGCCUGGGCGACAGAGUGUGACUCCAUCUCAAAAAAAAAAAAAAAGAAAGAAAGUGAAGUCUGGUCCAGUACAGCAUCUCAAAAACAUUUAUUAAAUUGUUUCACUUCCCCAGGAAAUUACUGUAAGCUAAAUUUGUGAACCAGAAUCUAUGAGAAAAGGCUUGAUACAGAAUAGUAGGGGUUGUGAAUCUGUAAUUUUUUUUUUUCUUUUUCUGUUUUUAAGAGACAGGGUCUCACUAUGUUGCCUGGGCUGGUCUUGAACUCCUGAGCUCAAGUGAUCCUCUUUCCAUCUAUUUUGGUUGAUGGCACCACCCAGGCUUAAAACCCCAGAUACAUCUUAGUCUGCUUCCAUCCCUCAAUAUCUACUUGAACAAGUCCUAUAAAUUCCACUUCUGUAAUGUUCUUCCACCCAUGCUCUCCUUUCCAUUCCUUUUACCACCACUCUGCCUGAGAUCUUCAUUACUUUUCUUUUAUUAUUAUUAUUAUUUAAAAAAAUAUGGCCAGGCACGGUGGCUCACGCCUGUAAUCCCAGCACUUCGGGAGGCCUAGGCGGGCGGAUCACCUGAGGUCAGGAGUUCCAGACCAGCCUGCUCAGCAUGGCGAAACCCUGCCUCUACUAAAAAUACAAAAAUUAGCCAGGUGUGGUGGCACACGCCUGUAAUCCCAGCUACUCAGGAGGCUGACACGGGAGAAUUGCUUGACCUGAGAGGUGGAGGUUAUAGUGAGCUAUGAUCGUGCCAUUGCACUCCAGCCUGGUUGAUGGAGGGAGACGCUGUCCUAAAUAAAUAAAUAAUAGAGAUGAGGUCUGCUGCAUUGCCCAAGCUGGCCUCAAGUGAUCCUAACACCUCAGCUUCCCAAAAUGCUGGGAUUACAGGUGUGAGCCACUGCACCCAACUGUGACUGUAAGUUAUCAGCCUGAUUAUUUAUUUGUUUGUUUAUUUUUGAGCAAGAGAAACCAAGUAACAAAAUGUAGGUUUUUGGCUUCUCUUUAACAAUUCCAAAGAUUUGGCGCUACUAGCCCCUGCAUUCUUUCAAGGCUAUAAUUGGCUAGAGCUGAGCAGCUGCCUCUUAAAAGGACUAGUGCUAUCUAACUUGUCCUUACCACUUCCUGUUUUCUCCCCUUUACUGGGAACUAGUGUUAAGUGCCAUUGAUCACUGUUCUCUACUGUUAUUUUUAUUAGUAGCAGUACAGAAAUGGUUUUCUAUACCAAUGGCUCUGUCAAAACUGGUAAAGUAAAUGGUGGGCUAAGAGGAUCGCAUAUUCCAAGAAGGGGAAGCACAUUUCUUCAUGGAAGUGAAUAAUUUUUUUAUGCAUUUAAUGUGCAAACACUUGGCUUACUUUACUCAUUUACAUUAUCUUGCUGGCUUCUAGGUGUUUGAAUAUGUCACCCUUGUUUUAUUUUAUUUUAUUUUAUUUUAUUUAGACGGAGUUUUCGCUCUUGUUGCCCAGGCUGGAAUGCAGUGGUGCAGUCUCGGCUCACUGCAAACUCCGUCUCCCAGGUUCAAGCAACUUUCCUGCCCCAGCCUCCCAAGUAGCUGGGAUUACAAGCACACGCCACCACGCCUGGCUAAUUUUUUUUUUAAUUUUUGGUAGAGAUGAGGUUUUGCCAUGUUGGCCAGGCUAGACUUGAACUCCUGACCUCAAGUGAUCUGCCCACCUUGGCCUCCCAAAGUGCUGGGAUUACAGGCAUGAGGGGCAAUGCCUAGCUGUGACCUUUGUUUUAGAGAGACUAAUUUGAUAGCAGUAUAAAUAUGAGAGCGUAGAUAUGGGGGAGAGAGAACAGAGAGAGAUGAGCAAUAAUUCAGAUGAAAAGUAAUAGAGGACCAGGCACCAUGGCUCAUGCCUGUAAUCCUAGCACUUUGGGAGGCAGGAGGAUUGCUUGAGGCCAGUAGUUCAAGACCAGCCUGGGCAACAUAGCACAACUCCAUCCUUGUAAUCUUGUCUUUUCCCCUACCAUCCAGAGGUUACAUGCUCCAAGUAAUCUAAUAAUAAUGAAAGAAAAGAAAAGUAAUGAAGAUCUGAGGCAGAGUGGUGGUAAAAGGAAUGGAAAGGAGAACAUGGGUGCAAGAACAUUAUAGAAGUGGACUUUAUAGGACUUGUUUAAGUAGAUAUUGAGGGAUGGAAGCAGGCCAAGAUGUAUCUGAGGUUUUAAGCCUGGGUGGUGCCAUCAGCCAAAAUAGCUGGAAAGAGGAACUGUGUUUAGUGUGAAAAUGUUUUCAGUUUUGGGUUGGCUGCUUGUUGAUGUAACUGGGGAACUCAGGUGACUUGUACAUUGGUUUCCAGAGCUCAGAGACUGAUCAGGGCACAAGAAACAGAUUUCGGAGUCACUUUCAUAGUGGUGUGAUUGGAGGCUGUGCAGGAUGAGAUUGCCAAGGAAGAGCUUAGAAGUAGCCACCAGUGAAGACUAUAAGCUCCUGGAAAAUAUGAAUAAACUCACCAGCUUGAAGUAUCUUGAAAUGAAAGAUAUUGCUAUAAACAUUAGUAGGAACUUAAAGGACUUAAAUCAGAAAUAUGCUGGACUGCAGCCUUAUCUGGAUCAGAUCAAUGUCAUUGAAGAGCAGGUAGCAGCUCUUGAGCAGGCAGCUUACAAGUUGGAUGCAUAUUCAAAAAAACUGGAAGCCAAGUACAAGAAGCUGGAGAAGCGAUGAGAAACUUAUUUCUAUGGGACAGAGUCUUUUUUUUUAAUGUGGAAGAAUGUCUUAUAAAACCUGAAUCCUGAGGCUGAUGAAUUGUGAAAAUUCCUCAAAAGGAAAUUAUGCUGGUCAUCCCAGGAACAUCUCAACGUUCGAGUAAACUGGAGGACUGUGGCUAUUCCUGAACCUUCUUUGAGGCAGAAUCCCUCAGAAUCUCACACUUAUAACUUCCUACCUUUUACUUGAAUGCUUUGCCAUAUUCCGGACAGAGACUCUCACAAAGUUCAGAAAACAGCUGGACUUACCAGUAAAAUCAAAAGAGAGGACCUAUGUUCUCUGGUAGUGGUUGAUUACUACAUUAUUUUCUUAAGUGGCUGGUUUUUUAGUUACUAUGUAAAUGGUCUUUUUUUUUUCUGUUAAUGAUGCUAAUGUGUUAUAAACAAGAUUCUAAAUUUAAAAAGGAAAACAAAACAAACUUGUUCUCUGCAGCUUAUUACCUUGUGAAUGUCGGUAACUUACUUUUCCAUAAUAUUGCAAAUAACAUAAAAUCUUAAAAUAAUUCUAAGCUGAGUCUUCUAGAUUGAGCAGAAAUAGUGAAAGGAGUAUUGAUAACUUGGUGUAUGUGAUGGGCCCCUCUUGUUUAUUUUCUACAUGAGUCACAUUAACAUGCGGUCAGUUUGGGAAAUGUGAUGACAACAAAGACUAGAUGGGUAUGUGUGUUUAUGUGUUGGGUAGGGAGGUGACGAUUGCCACUCAUAAAAUAAAGGAUUUUAUAAAAUA